AGUUCGAAGUUUUGCCAAAAGCACAAAAACGUCGAAAAAUACCGGUUGCCCAUGCUAACCUAGCGCAGUCCCUGUUUGCAAUGGGGAAAUUAAACAGUGAGACGCCAUAUUAACUAGUAGUAGGAUGGGGGAUUUGUUAUAGACGUAUUUCUGUUGUUUUCUGUCUGUCCUAAAUUUGUUAGUUUGUACGAAUUUCAAGACUACACAAUAUAAUUUUAAACGGCAAAAAAUGGUGAGAUGGAUCUAAAGAGAGGCUCUACGCAACACUACCUAGGCUCUGUAAUGCUUCUCAUCAAUUGAACAUGCUAAAACAUUGUGGCUACAAUUUUAAGGGAAGAAAUGUGGUCGUCCCAAGGUACAGUGCAGCAGCUGCCCCCGCAGCAGCAGCAGCAGAGCCAACAAAUGCAACAGCAGACGGCUACUCAGCAGCGCACUCUUGGCUUGACAUCGGCAAUAACUCUGGCUGGUCCGAAACAAAUAGAUGUCCAGAGAACAAAUGAGCUUGUUCAAGCGCUUAAGCCCUACAAUGUAAUGGAGUCUGAUGAGGAGCUCAAUCACAGGAUGGAGAUCCUCAGCAAGCUGAACCUGUUAGUGAAAGAGUGGAUACGCGAACUGAGUAUCAGUAGGAAUAUGCCUGAAAGCGUGGCUUCACAAGUUGGCGGCAAAAUCUACACAUUCGGCUCAUACAGGCUCGGCGUACAUCACAAGGGUGCUGACAUCGACGCACUCUGUGUGGCUCCAAGGCAUAUCGAUCGCUCUGACUACUUCACUUCAUUUUUUGAAAAGCUCAAACAAAAUCCAGAAGUGACAGACUUGAGGGCAGUAGAAGAUGCUUUUGUACCAGUAGUUAAAAUGAAUUUCGAUGGUAUUGAAAUUGACAUGCUAUUUGCAAGGCUUGCACUCAAAGAAAUUCCAGAUGCAAUGGACUUAAAGGAUGACAUGUUGCUUAAAAAUCUCGAUCAGAAGUGUGUUAGAAGUUUAAAUGGUUGCCGAGUAACUGAUGAAAUCCUUAGGUUGGUACCUGACAUCGAAAACUUUCGCCUCACACUUCGCACAAUCAAAUUAUGGGCAAAACGGCAUGGGAUUUAUAGUAAUGUAAUGGGAUACCUAGGGGGUGUUUCUUGGGCAAUGCUAGUAGCAAGGACUUGUCAACUUUAUCCGAAUGCAGUUGCAGCUACCCUUGUACAUAAGUUUUUCCUUGUUUUUUCACAAUGGAAGUGGCCCCAACCUGUAUUACUAAAACAACCUGAUACGGUAAAUCUUGGCUUUCCUGUGUGGGACCCUCGGGUAACUGUAUCCGAUCGUUAUCAUUUAAUGCCGAUUAUUACCCCCGUCUAUCCACAACAGAACUCAACUUUCAAUGUUUCGACUUCAACAAGGACAAUCCUUCAAGAAGCAUUCAAUGAAGGUCUUUCGAUUACAGACGACAUUAUGAUAGGAAGAGCCACAUGGGAUAAAUUAUUUGAAGCUCCUAACUUCUUUACAAAAUACAAACAUUUUAUUGUUUUAAUGGCCAGCUCUGGUAACGCUGAAGAGCAGUUGGAAUGGUGUGGGUUGAUCGAAUCCAAAGUUAGGCACCUAGUGGGAAAUCUUGAGCGCAACCAACACAUAAUGUUAGCUCAUGUCAAUCCCGAGUGCUUCCCAGGACCACCGAACCCACCAGGAGAGACAACCAGCCCAACGUCUAUGUGGUUUAUCGGCCUUGUUUUUAAGAAGCUUGAAAAUCUGAAUGUCGACCUCACAUACGAUAUACACUCCUUUACAACAUCAGUCCAUCGGCAAGCGACUGCAAGUAAAAUGAUUAAAGACACAAUGAAAAUAGAAGCUCGUCAUGUGAGAAGGAAGCAGUUAUCCGCUUAUCUACCAGCCAAUAUCCUGAAGAAAGAGAAAAAGAUGGCGGCAUCAAGGAAUAGCACAUCUCCUCUUCACAAAAAUGGAAUCAAUCAAAACCAAGGAACUGAAAACCGGCCUAAAAAAAGGCCGUCAGACUCAAAUCCGGAUUCGGCUAAUAAGAAGCCGAAAAUGAAUGAGUUAAACGAUGUGGAAGGGGAUAAUAAUUCAAAUAGUUCUGUUGUGGUUUCAUUUGAUGACUCAAACUCCUCCUUGUCAGCAGACGAACAUAGUAUUAAACUUCAUAACCAAGAGCUGAAGGGAACGCUCGAAAAAGUGGCUGCAGAGGACGGGGACACUGGCCAAGAUGAGGUCAUAUGCAUUUGAUAAAAUGUAAUGUUUCAAUAUUUAUUUUAGUUUACAAUGUAAGCUCAAGUUCUUUAAUUUUUAAGUACAAACAUUUGUCUUUUGUCACUUUUCUUAUUAUUUUUUAAACGAAUCUUUAGAAAAUUCUUUUGAGGGAAAUGUUGUGUUUGCAGCGAAUAACGGUGUGCGUUCUUAAGAAAUAGAACAUAAAAACGGCUUCGAGAAGAAUACCAAAGGAAUUUGUUUUUCAUUCUUUCUCUUUCGUCCUUUCGAUUUGUCGAAAUAGUUAUUAUUUUUAUUUUCGACAAAGGAAAAACAACGUUUAUGGUAAGUAGAUCCUGGGACAAAUUCUGAGAAAGAUCUAAUCUCAGUGUUAGAUUGGAAAUUAUUACUUUCCAUUGUUAGUUUUUCCUUUACUUGAAGUUUAACUUUAACUUCAGUGUUUUGAUGUACAUAUAUAAUCGAGUGUAAUGAAAUUCAAGAUUUCCUUUCCGAAGAUGAUUUUCCUUCGGUUCUUCUUGUACCAUUUAAACCAUAUUAUUUUCAGACAUUGAAGAAAUUGAUUUUUUUUUUAAUUCUUAUUGUAAAAUGUAUACUGAUAUUUUGAAAAUGAAGAGUUGUAUGAAUUAUAUUCUUACUUAAUUAAUAGAGAAUGGUAAAAAUGACUGUAUUAAGUUAUUCAAACCAAGGUUGAAGAGAUUUUUAAAUAUUAAAAAAGUUUGAAUGCAUACUGUCUAUUGAUCUUUUAGGUUUGAUUUAGUGUUUUAAAUCCAGUAGCAUUCCUUUAGAAAAUUUCCUUCCCACAGUAAUGUGCCUGUUUAUCAUCUGUAAAUUCCUUUAGUUUUUUUUGUAAUACAAUAGACUUUGUGGAUUCUGACUUUUCCUCAUCUAAAUUGG